AUGACUGACGACUCCCCACUCCUGCGGCUCCCCGAGAUAGCAAUCAACCAUAUUCUGUAUUUCUGCGAUUAUUUAGAAAUCGUUCGUCUUCGCAAUGUCUGUCACUCCUUACGUAAUCACAUCGAUGUAAAUAAACCCGAUGCUCACGUGAAAGUCGUGCGUCUAGGAGAACGGGAGCGAGCUGAUAUUUUGCUCGAAUUCGAAUACGAUUCUAUAAUAUUGAUUGAUUACAAAGAAGCAGAAGGGGGAUGUGUUGUGGAAUGUUUAACCGACAUAGUCGAUCCUCCAGCAAAAAUAAUUUCCGGAUUGAAUCCCAUGGAUGCUCUUAUACAAGAUUUCAAGAUUUACUCGAGACAUCUGAAGACUCCAUUGAGAAGCUUCACACUGCAUGAAGUUUGUUGUGACGCCCUCCUUGAAUUGAUGAGAUCUCAGACCUUCAAGUUGAGGACCGCCAAACUUGAACUCACCGAGUUAUCCUCUACUCAAAACCUCGCAAUCCUCCCGUUUUUCGAUGCAAACUGUCUGAAAACGUUGAAAAUCUUCACCGAUGCAAACGACGAGACCGGAGAGGCAUUGGGUGUAUUUCACGAACUGUUCGAAAUGGAGCAUUGGUGGAAUGCAAUGAAAAUCGAACUGUACAAUUUUCAUAUCUCGGAUGUCCGCCAAAUCGUUCAUUUGAAAAAGUUUGCUGGCCGCAUGUCGACUGCAACAAGUGAUGACUUGGUGCUUUUGAAAAAUACCUUUAUCCGCUGGAGAGGCUUCGAACGGUACCAUAUAAAUUUCGACGUUGGUUUAGACGUAGUGUCCAUCAAUGAAGCUUUUGGAGCACCGUCUUUCAUUUCAAUGUUAGGAAGUGUAAAUCGUUGGUUCUUUCAUAUUCCUAAUCACACUGCAAGUGUUCUUUUGGUGAAAGUGAACUGCAGAAAAACUCUUGACAUCGGACGUAUCAGACGUAGAAAGGUUCCUUCAGGUGCAGUGAUUAUCUAUUAA